AUGUUUCCUACAUUCCCUCUAUCUCCACUAAUUUGGUCAUUCUCAUCUUCGGUAUCUUCCUCAGACGCUGACUGUGCAGAUGAAUGUUGGCCUUCCGAUCCGCAAGUCAUUCUGACCCUCAUUUCGCUACCAAACGAUGUGUCAUUUUCGUCUUCCCCCGUAACGGCUGAUUCGUCGCGCCUGCGAAGGUCUUUCACAUGGCGGGUCAAAAAAAUAAACCUUGCGCGUAGAAAAUAUACGCUGCCGUUUUCGAUCAGGCUCUCCUAUUUUAUUUGUCCUGGAACGUCAGCGGUUGCAGAUUACUACAACAACCAUGGGAAAAACUUGCGAAUGAUUGAUAUGUUCAGUGAAGACCCUGAUCGUUUCAAAAAAUUCAGUGUGUCACUGGAAAGUAACCAUGGAAAUCUGAUGUUGGAUUAUUCCAAAAAUAUAUUGGAUCAAACAACCAUGAGCAAGCUUCUGGAAUUGGCCAAAGCACGUAAAGUUAUUGAGAUGAGAGAUGCCAUGUUUAAUGGUGAUAAGAUCAACUUUACAGAAAGUCGGGCAGUCUUUCAUGUUGCCUUGCGUAAUCGAUCUGACAAACCCAUGCAUGUUGAAGGGACAGAUGUGAUGCCUGGCAUCAAAGCUGUCCUCCAACAUAUGAGAGAGUUCACUGACAGUGUCAUUCAAAAACAAUGGAAAGGUUACACAGGCAAACCAAUCACUGAUGUUGUCAAUAUCGGCAUUGGAGGCUCUGAUCUGGGUCCUUUAAUGGUCACUGAAGCCCUUCAACCCUAUCAGAUUGGUCCUAAUGUCCAUUUUGUCUCUAAUAUUGAUGGGACUCAUCUGGCUAAAACUCUGAAGAAAUUAGAUGCUGAAACUACUUUGUUCAUUAUUGCAUCAAAGACGUUCACAACUCAAGAAACUAUUACAAAUGCUAAUUCUGCUAAAGAAUGGUUUCUGGAACAUGUGAAGGAGACAAAUCAUGUGGCCAAACAUUUUGUGGCAUUAUCGACCAAUGCUAAAUUGGUUAAAGAUUUUGGAAUUGAUGAAAAAAAUAUGUUUGAAUUCUGGGAUUGGGUUGGUGGUAGAUAUUCUCUGUGGUCAGCUAUUGGUCUCUCUAUUGCUCUCUUCAUUGGAAUGGAUAAAUUUGAGGAGCUUCUUGCAGGAGCUCAUUUUAUGGACAAUCAUUUCUGUUCAGCUCCUUUGGAGAAAAAUAUGCCAGUGAUAUUGGCCCUGCUGGGUAUUUGGUACCACAAUUUCUUUAAUGCUGAAUCUCACUGUCUGCUGCCUUAUGAUCAGUACAUGCAUCGGUUUGCUGCCUACUUCCAACAAGGUGACAUGGAGAGCAAUGGGAAAUAUGUCACCCGUAGUGGAGAACGGGUCAAGUACUCCACUGGACCCAUUGUGUGGGGAGAACCUGGCACCAAUGGACAGCAUGCCUUUUACCAACUUAUUCAUCAAGGUACUCGGUUGAUUCCAUGUGAUUUCCUAAUGCCAGUUAAGACACAUAAUCCAAUUCAGAAUGGUUUACAUCAUGAGAUUCUCCAAGCCAAUUUCUUGGCUCAAACAAAGGCUUUGAUGAAAGGCAAAACUAAAGCCGAAGUUUUAGAAGAAUUGAAAAAAACAGGAGCUUCUGAAGAAAAGAUGAGCAUCAUUUCACCACACAAGGUAUUUGAAGGCAACAAGCCAACAAACUCCAUCUUAUUCACUCAACUGAAUCCAUUCAUGCUGGGAGCUUUAAUUGCAAUGUAUGAACACAAGAUUUUUGUACAAGGUACAAUCUGGGAUAUUAAUUCCUAUGACCAAUGGGGUGUUGAACUUGGCAAGACCUUUGCCAAAAUAAUUCAACCUGAACUUCGUAAGCAACCGGAAAUAAGUUGGUGCCUGUCUACUGCUUGCCUCCUGAUGAUUACAUCAAAAAUAUUUCUUGCCUUAGCAGCUAACAACUGUCAAGUUACCAGAAAGUCAAGCAAGAUGGUCUUUAAGAAGCCAUGUUAG